GUUCAAAUUCUGCAUUCGGUUGGUCAAGACUGAACUGUCUUCUAUCCUAUGACAGGCUACACUGUCCCACAUAGGCAUAUCUAGGCUAUUGAUGCGCCUAUGUAGGAAACGGUGCGCAGAUGCAUUUGCAGUAGAUGUGUAAUAUAGCCUUAGUCAUGUAAAAAAAGGAGAGGAAUAUUCAAUUAAUUAGUUAAGAUUAAGUAUAUAACAUUUUUUAUAUUCUGAAAACGAAAAUGUCGAUGUCAACAUUUCAGAAGGUUACCCUUGUAUCGUGCCUAGUGCUCUGCGUUGCACUGCUUCUUCCCAAAAUGCUUCUGUCGGGAGGCAAAAAACAACAAUCGGAGGGUGGACAAUUCCCACCCAUGGCACGAAGUCAGGUGGCACCUGAGGCCCAGAGAGGUAGCGGGGCACAAUCCUCUCGCUCACACAACUCUGAAGCUGUUGCCCGUGCCAAAGGUGGAGGCACAGGGGCCGGACUAGGUGGCAAGUCGGGUCUCGCAGGACAGAUCAUCCCCAUCUAUGGGUUUGGGAUUCUUCUUUACAUUCUUUACAUCCUCUUUAAGAUAACAUCAAAAGGGAAAACGUCUAAACCGCCUGAAAGUAGAUUUUCUACAAUAAGAUCAGAGAAUAUGAAGAGAAAAAUUUCUGACUUUGAGCUGGCUCAGCUCCAGGACAAACUGAAAGAGACUGAGGAGGUGAUGGAGGAGAUUGUUUCCAAGGCUAGCGACAGUCCAGAAAGGACAAUAAAAGGAGUGAGCACAGUUCAGGAGGUGGAGCUGCUGCUUCAGCUUAAGGAAAUCACCCUCAUGAUGAACAAGGGCAGCCUGCUGGAGGGUAUUACUCCUGAGAGAAAAACAGAGAGCUCAUGUUCACAGCACUGGGAAGAACCAGAGUAUCAAGAAGAUACACAACCAGAGUCGGAGGGUGGGUGCUGCCAUCAUGGGCACUGCCAUGGCUACCAGCACAUGGCAGAUGAGUGGACCGAGAGGCCAGAGGAUGGGGGGAUGACAGACCCACUGAAGGAGGAUGAGGCUGAGAGGAUGGGCGGAGUUGAAGACAUAAGUCCUGGGUUUACUGAAGAUGGCACACAUGGAAUGGCUGAUGCUGAUGACAUGCUCAGGGCGAACAUGGGAGAUUAUCAUGACUGUGCUGUAAAUGGGGAGGAGGAGAGGGAAGAGUUGAUGGAAGAUGAGGAAUUUAACGGUGACAAUGAGGUGCUGGAGAUCAAGCAAGUCAGAACGGAUGAGGACUGCUCAGUCUGGACGUCAGUCCACUCAGAAAAGAACUCCACUCAGCUCAGGAAGAGGAACAAGAAGUAACCAAAGAGGAUCAAUUGACUGAUUUAAGUUUUUUUUAACAGACCUUUCAUCAUGCAUAUACCUUUAAUGCUUUCCACUUUCACUGUCCCUUCCUUAUCUUGAUUCACAUUCACGGCAUGCUUGUGAACACAUAGGACAGAAUGUAGUGUUUUCUCAUGCUAAGGUAUGUGCCCUUGUUUUGGUGGUAAUAUCAAGCUUUAAAAUAUUUUUUGGUCAUGUUUGUUAUUUCAUUCAUUAUGCUGCCCUGAAAAGAGUAUGGGUUUACUGUUGUUCAUGAAGAGACCAUUUCACCAAGGGACACCAACUCAGGGCUUGUUUUGACAUAAUGCUUCCUGAAGUCAUUAAUCAACAGUUCUUUUCCUUCUGCAUUCUUAAAAAUAGGUUGACCCACAACUUUAAAACUACUCAUGCACAAAGAAUGAUUACUGAAUUAAUACCUCUCAUUAAACACUGUACAUAUAUAAUUGUGUUUAACUGCAUCUUUGUGUUGUUCUCAACCAUAAUACAGGUAAUAUUAGCUUUUGGCAAUUUCUCAGUCUUCCUACAUAUGUAAAGUAGGAAUUCAGGUCUAUAUUUAAUGUGAUGUGAAUUAUUUUUUCUUUUCCCACAUAAUCACCCAUACAUCAACUAAUGAGAUGUGCAUUUCCUUUCCAAGCACAGCGAAUUCUAUAACAUUACUGAAAUAAAUCUUAAUACCUUAA